AUGUGGCUGUCCCAGUUCGGCGUGAGGGUUGUUCCCCUCUCAGAGUGCGCUGGCACGAUGUACAUCUUAGGUAUAGUGCAUCCUGAGUUGCCUUCACUUGACAAAGCCCUUGUACUAUCCGCUGUCCAGGGGUGUCCCCAGCUAGCCUCAUCACCCCUAUCAGUUAGACUACUUUAUCUGCUGUCUUCCUAA